AUGAAUUUAUUAUAACCUCUAAUACAGCUGUUUACGUUGAAAAAAUAAAUUAAUAUGCAAUCAGCGUUAUGCUGAAUCAAUUUAACUGUCGUUAAUAAUAUUUUGUAAUCAAAUAGAGUCAUUUUUCCCUUUCACGAUUACCAUACUAAAAUGUCUGCAGGUUUAAAUAAUAAAUAUUUUUUCUUCAGUACUUAGUAGACAACAUACCUACUAAAAUGACGACUGAUUAUAUAGCAACUCUCAAGCCUGUUUUCAUUUUAGGCAAGAUUUUUGGUUUAAUUAAUAUAUCUUAUACAUUUGAAACUACAGGAUUAAUAAUCCUAACAAAUUCAUCAUAUUAUUCGUGUCUUGAAUUAACUCGGACGCUUUUGUUAGUAAUAUCUACCAUUAUCGUUUAUAAUGCGAAAGGGAUUUAUUACAUACAACGAUUCCGCUUAGUUAAAUUUUGGAUUGUCAUUAUAGCUUCAAGAUUAUCUCAAAUAUGGAUAAUAAAGUAAGAGAACACUUCAAAAUUUACAUUGAAAAUUAUAACCAUUAUGAAUUUAACUCACUUGAGUGGCUUAAAAACAUUAAAUUGUGAAAGUGUACACAUUUCAUUGGUUAUUAUUAAUUAUUUAUACGGUGAAAGCUCCACUAACAGAACCUCUAAAUAAAGGACCUUUGUUUGGGUACCAAUUAAAAACUUUUUACAACUUGAACCGUCUAAUUAGUUGACAACAUUUCAACGACCAAGAGUGUCAAGUUUUUACAAGUUUUACCUUAAUAUUCUAGAUUUUCUAAAACCUACAAUUUUUUUAGUUGACCAACAAAAAAAAAUGUAAGCAUACAUAAUUUUUUGUAUGUUAUCAUUAUCCAAAUGUCCUGAAAAAAAUGUAUUAUAACAUCAUAAUGGAACAUCAUACAUUUUGUUACUCAGAUUUUUCCAUCGCUGUUUGGUUCUUUGGUUCAAGGUAGGAGAAACUUUUUCUUCGGUAAUUUUCUUUCUCAAAAUCAUAAAAUCAGAACAAAACAAAAACUGAAACACACGGCACAUUGAUUAAAAAAAUGCUACGUUGUAUCAAUGUAAACUUCUCGACAAUCAACCUACGCUUGAAAAUUAAAAUACCUAAUUAAAUUGUAUUCUUUUUCUAGGUUGUCUAAUGAUCUCGUACAUUACGAUCGAAAAGUCGCAUUGCUUUCGGGGGCAUUCAUGGUUAAACAUCGUCAAUUAGAUAAAAAGAGUUGUAAUGUCAUUUUAUUUGCUUUAUUCAUUUACUGGGUUGCAUUUACGGCCAUGCAAUCAUACAUUUGGAGUCCGAUGCAUAUCGACUAUAAUAUUGUCUUUAUAAACAUAUUCAAUGAACCGUAUAUUGUGGAUUAUGUGGUUAUGAUUUUCACGUGUUUUCAUCUCAUCAACAUAGAAAAUAGAUUUCAGACAUUAAAUGAUUUCUGGCAGUGUCUCCCUGCCGGGUUGGUUCCCAUUCGCGAAGAAUGGGCACAUUCGGAAGUAACAAUGUUAGUGGAAAGCAUCAGAUUAUUGCAUGCAGACCUAAGUACAAUAUUACAAUUAUUUAAUAAUAGUUACGGUCCAUUGCUUUUAGGCUUCUUUGUAUGCAACUUCGUAGAUUUUACGUACAUCAUUUAUUUAAUGAUUUAUCAUGAGUUCGCUUUAUCAAACAUAAGUUUAAUUCAAAACAUUAUACAAUAUAUUCCAUUACACAUAGUUCACCUACAAAUCAUAGUUUUUUUUAUGUCCAUAAUGGUUGCUGCAUCUCGGAUAACUGAUAAGAAGUAUAAAAUAAUAUCAUUUUUAAGAUUGAUCCGGAUUUCAAAGUUACCAGUUGACCUAAAAAAUCAAGUUAAAAUGUUUAUGAACCAAGCACCAGCAUUAGAAACCAAUGAUAUACAUACAUGGGGAUUUUUUACUAUCAAUUUGAAUCUAGUCAUAUCAGUAAGUAUUUUAAAUGAUAUGCAGUAUUAG